UAAUGGAUAUUAAUGUUCCUAUUUUUUGUCCAAGUCCACUUAAGUACUAGUUGUAGUAUCACUCUUUCCUAGACUUUCCUCUUUUGAAAAACUUCCCAACAACAUAAAAUUUACUAAUUUAAGUUCAACUACCUAUCAAACUUGAACCCUCAUUCCCUUUUCAUCAACUACCCUUCUCCUUUCUUGUCAACUACCCUUUUCUCUCUUUUAAUUUACAACUCUCCUCCAAACAGAUAUGCAAAGCUCUUUCUUCCUUGCAAAUUCUUCCUAUAUAUACAUACUACAUACACACGCAUAUACAUACACGUACAUAUAUACAUACAUAGAUCGAUCAAUAACUGCCCGGUUCUUGAAAACUGUGGAAACCCUAAUGGAGGAUGAUCAAAUAUUGCCGAAGUCCACUACAGCUGAUCGUGAUGCGGUUGUCGGCCUAGAUGUGGUAGCUGCUGAAAAUACCAGCAGACAAGACUCCAAGCAGGUUGAAUUUUCACUAGAUGAGGAAACCCUAGUUACCAGGAUGUACAAUUUGGUUGGAGAAAGGUGGUCUUUGAUUGCUGGAAGAAUCCCUGGAAGAAAUGCUGAGGAAAUUGAAAAGUAUUGGAACUCAAAACAUUCUACAUGUAGUGAAAUUAAGAAGCCAGAGCUUACUUACCUGAAUUAAAUAUACAUGGUUAAUUAUACUGAACAAUUUAUUCAUGUCUUUUAUCAUUUCUUAUUCUGCAUAUUACUAAUUACACUCGUAUGUAAUAGCUACAUUUUUUAAUUUCCGUUCGAAUUUAGUACGAUUUUCGGAGAUUUUGCUAUAGAUUCUGAGUGUUUAUAAUUAGUUCCACAAGAUUAAUUCAACGUAAUUAUUUCUUUUA